UGUUUCCUACGGCGAACACCGUACGCGCAAAACGGCUGAGAAGGAGUUGCACGAGAAAAGGAGCGUCUGGGCAUGGCAGCGGUGAUUUGAAAUCCCGCGCCUCCUUCGCGUGACGCGGAGUGAUAUUUUGUGCCUCGCGACGGGGCCAUAAGCAGAGUGUAGCGUCGACUUUUCCUCCCCUCUUUUGAGAGGGGGAAAAUGUUGUGGGCGCGGCUUGCGCACGCGCUUCUGGGGGAGGCUUGAAAGCGCGGUUUAACGGCCACACCCAUGCAAGCGGACCUCGCGUAAAGCGGUCGGUCUUCGGUCGUGGCGGGUGAGGCAAGGGGCUUGUAGGGAGAGGGAGACUGCUUGGGCCGUUUGGAAACUUAAAACAAGUGGUCAGUGCGUUUGCCUCAGCUUGUUUUCUUGAGAGACAAUGUCUGGUAGAGCAAGAGCUCGAGCAAGGGGAAGGGCCCGUGGCCAGGAGACUACUACACCCACCGUAGGAGCAACUCCGGUUCAGCCACCUGCCUAUGGGCAAACUAAACCCGAGCAACCUCCAGCAGAGCCACUAGCAGAAGGGGAACUAAUUGGGCGUGGGCGGCAAAGAAAAGGACCAGUUGCACCAAGAUCGCAGGAACUUCAGAUUUCAGCAGGCUUUCAAGAAAUGACAUUGGGAGAAAGAGGCGGACGUCGCAGAGACUUCCACGACCUUGGUGUAAAUACUCGUCAGUCAAUGGAACAUGUUAGAGAAUCCAAAACAGGUGCUUCAGGUACCAUGAUAAGGUUAAGCACAAACCAUUUUCGUCUGACUUCUCGUCCGCAAUGGGCCUUGUACCAGUACCACAUUGGCUACAAUCCACAGAUGGAAGCCCGGCGUCUUCGUUCAGCUUUGCUGUUUCAGCAUGAGGACCUAAUUGGAAGGACGCAUGCUUUUGAUGGGACCAUUUUGUUUUUACCAAAGAAACUGGAAAACAAGAUUACUGAAGUGUUCAGUCGGACCCGUCAGGGAGAGACUGUGAAGAUUACCAUCACCUUAACCAAUGAACUGCCAUCUACUUCGCCGACAUGCUUACAGUUUUACAACAUUAUUUUUAGAAGACUGUUGAAAAUAAUGAACUUGCAGCAAAUUGGACGAAAUUAUUACAAUCCAAGUGACCCAAUCAGUAUUCCUAAACACAGGUUGAUGAUUUGGCCAGGUUUUACGACUUCCAUUCUGCAGUAUGAAACAAGUAUCAUGUUGUGCACAGAUGUGAGCCACAAAGUUCUCAGAAGUGAAACUGUUUUGGAUUUUAUGUAUUCCAUGUAUGAGCAAGGGGGAGAACAGAGGUUCAGGGAAACAUGUGCUAAAGAAUUGAUUGGCCUAAUCAUUCUUACAAGGUAUAACAACAAAACAUACCGAGUGGAUGAUAUAGAUUGGGAUUCCAAUCCCCAAGAUGUCUUUAAGAAGGCAGAUGGAUCUGAAAUCAGCUUUGUAGACUACUACAAAAUGCAAUAUAGCCAAGAAAUCACUGAUUUGAAUCAACCAGUUUUGGUGAGUCAGCCAAAGAGGAGAGGGCCUGGAGGUGUCAUGGCAGGUCCAGCAAUACUUAUUCCUGAGCUCUGCUAUCUUACAGGGCUAACUGAUAAAAUGCGAAGUGAUUUCACUGUGAUGAAAGACUUGUCUGUUCAUACAAGACUUGCCCCAGAGCAGAGAAUGCGUGAAGUUGGAAGGCUCAUUGAUUACAUUAACAAAGAUGAUAAUGUCCAGAAAGAACUUCGCGAUUGGGGCUUAAGCUUUGAAUCCAACUUGCUUUCCUUUUCGGCAAGAGUUGUUCAGUCAGAAAAGAUCCAUCAAGGAGGAAAAGUGUUUGACUACAAUCCACAACUUGCAGACUGGUCUAAAGAAACCAGGGGAGCAUCUCUGAUUAACGUAAAGCCUCUGGAUAACUGGCUGUUGAUCUACACACACCGAAAUUAUGAUGUUGCUAAUACAUUAGUUCAGAAUCUCUUCAAAGUCACACCAGCAAUGGGAAUACAAAUGAACAAGGCAAUGAUGGUUGAAGUAGAGGACCGAACAGAAGCAUACUUGAGAAUCUUGAAGCAAAAAGUUGCCUCAGAUACACAGAUGGUGGUUUGUCUCUUGUCCAGUAAUCGUAAAGACAAGUAUGAUGCCAUCAAGAAGUAUUUGUGCACAGAUUGUCCCACUCCAAGCCAAUGUGUGCUCGCUCGCACAUUAAGUAAGCCGCAGACAGUAAUGGCCAUAGCCACAAAAAUUGCUUUACAGAUGAACUGUAAGAUGGGUGGAGAGCUUUGGAGUGUUGAGAUACCACUAAAACAGAUCAUGAUUGUGGGAAUUGAUUGUUACCAUGACACUACAGCUGGUCGACGGUCAAUUGCAGGAUUUGUUGCGAGCCUGAAUCAGGGAAUGACACGUUGGUAUUCACGCUGUGUCCUUCAAGAUCGUGGACAAGAACUUGUGGAUGGACUUAAAGUAUGCUUGCAAGCUGCUUUAAGGACUUGGUAUACCUACAACAACCAUAUGCCUUCUCGCAUUAUUGUGUAUCGAGAUGGUGUUGGAGAUGGUCAGUUGAAGACCUUGGUUAGCUAUGAAGUCCCUCAGUUUCUGGAGUGCUUGAAAUCUGUUGGGAAGGACUACAGCCCCAAAUUAACAGUGAUAGUGGUGAAGAAGCGUGUGAAUACCAGAUUCUUUGCUCAGAUUGCUGGAAGACUGCAGAAUCCACCACCUGGCACAGUUAUUGAUUUAGAAGUUACCAGACCAGAGUGGUAUGAUUUCUUUAUUGUGAGUCAGGCUGUGAGAAGUGGCAGUGUUUCACCAACCCACUACAACGUAAUCUAUGACAGCAGUGCGCUGAAGCCAGACUACAUGCAGAGGCUAACAUACAAGCUCUGUCAUAUGUAUUAUAACUGGCCAGGAGUUAUUAGAGUUCCUGCCCCCUGCCAGUAUGCCCAUAAACUGGCUUUCCUUGUGGGUCAGAGCAUUCACAGAGAACCAAACCUGUCACUCUCGGAGAAUCUCUAUUACCUGUGAUUUUACAGAAGAGGAUGAAGUACAGUAAGGGAAGACAAUGUGUACUUUUUUCCCUUUCAUAGAUAAGUCUUGUAUGUGGAGCUUAAAAGCAAAAUGUUUGCUUCAUCAUGUUACGCUGUUUCACUUACCUAGUAUUAUGUCAAGGUAUUUUUUUGGUGACUGUUAAGAUUUCAGCCAGAUAAAUUUUUAGUGUGUUAAUGUUUUGUUUGAUAAAGAGAACUUGGUUUUUUGAACAGUAGAUUCUGGUUCCUGCUAAAUAAUAACAUUGUUCAUAAAUAUCAGUUUCAAUAAACUGCUUAGGUUGGUGCACACCUUA